AGACAAAAUCACUCUUUUAUCUGAGCUUUUCUGACCUGCUCCUGGGAAUUUGCUGGCUCAUACAGGGACUUCUCUAUGGAACUUCAGCAGCCCACAAGGACAGCAUAUGCUAUAACCUACAGACAGUCGGGGAGCUUUUGGAGACAGGGUUUCUCUGUCUAUCCCUGGCUGUCCUAGUACUUGGUGUGUAGACCAAGCUGUCCUUGAACACAGAGAUCUGCCUGUUUCUGCCUCCUGAGUGCUAGGAUUAAAGGUGUGACGGACUUUUGUCAGUGGCUGUUGGGGAUUUGGACUUCCCUCCUUGGUAUGUAUGAUACUGUACAUUGCCUCACUCCUCUACACCGUCAAUUACAUCUGGUAUCUGUACUCAGAGCUGAGAAUGAAACACAGCCAAAGUGGACAGAGCACAGCUGCACAGUUGAUAGAUCAUACUUGCCAAAGUGGUAACAUAGUGUUCAUUUUGUCAAGCCUGAUACCUCUGCUGUUGAUGACACCUGUAUUUUGCCUGGGCAAUGUCAAUGGAUGUUUCCACAACUCUAGCCAGAGCCACAGGUGUGUCCUAAUGCACUCUCCACCCUCAGCCAUGAUUGAACUCCUGCCUUCCACCAACACAUCUGUCUGCAGCACACUGUAUUUUUAUGGCGUCACUGUUUUCCUGACCAGCUUUUUCUUCAGCCUCCUCAUCAUCACGGUCUUACUCCUCCAUGCCCAGACAUUGUAUAAGAAGUUUGUGAAAUCGACAGGUUUUCUGGAGAGUGAGCAGUGGGCAGUGAUUUACAUUGUGGGUCAGCGAGUUCGCUUCUUCCCGGUGGCCUUUGUAUGCUGUUGGGGCCCAGCUGUCACACUGCUAAUCAUAAAACUGGUCAAGCCACAGGAUACCUCAUUGCACAUGGCUUUCUCUGUGCUCCAGGCUCUCACAGCAGCAUCCCAGGGUCUGCUCAACUGUGGCAUAUAUGGCUGGACACAGUGCAAGUUCCAGCAGCUAAAGCGUGAGCUUCGCUGUGACGCAGACACCCAGACCCCAUUGCUGUGUUCACAGAAGAGAAUCUAUUGCAGGAGCCUAGCCCUAGGCCCACCGGACUCUUCUCUUACUUUUGCUCCCAGCUCUUCCACCAUUCUUUGAAACUAGAACAUCCGGGAAGGGAAUGUUUCAUGUGAGUGGACUCUGCAGGUCUGCAGGGAGCACCCCCAUUUCUUCUGGCCAUACCCCAGACUGAAGAACUGCAAGUGAAUGUAGGGCUGUGGUCAGUAGUGAUUCUGAGUGAAUUAAGAAGGAUCUCUCCAGUUGUUGGUUCAGAAAGAUAUGGCCACUUUCCAUCUAAGAGACUCAUUACUUUUUCAAAUACUAGAUUUAUUUACAUCUCUUCAAGAAAAAAUAAAUUUCAGGUUCAUAAA